UUCAUGUUAGUGCUCAUGUUAGUGCUUUGUUGCUAUAAAAAGCUUGAAUUGAAAGUUGGUUUAGUGCAGGUCUUGGAGAAGGAUUUGGCUGUUUUUGGGUUCUUUAUUGCUUUAGGCAGAAGUACAAGGUCAUUUCUUUUGACAAACGGUUUUGAAACUCUGGAUGAUCCAAUCGAAGAUUUCAUCAGGUAUCUUAUUGGAGGCAGUAUUUUAUACUACCCUCAGCUCUCAUCAAUUAGUUCAUAUCAAUUUUAUGUGGAGGUAGUUUGUGAAGAGUUGGAUUGGCUUCCUUUUUAUCCUGGAAUCACCAGUGUUUCAAAACAGUCUCAUAUGCAUAGAAAUAAACAAGAAGGUCCUCCAAAUCCUGAUGCAGUGCCCCAAGCUUUUGAUGCUUGCUCUCAUUGGAUUCAGAGCUUUAUUAAAUACAGUACAUGGCCAGAGAGCCCUUCAAAUGUUAAAGCAGCUGAGUUUCUGUCAACGGGGCACAAGAAGCUGAUGGAAUGUAUGGAAGAACUUGGGAUGAUUAGGGAAAACGCCCUGGAGGCUGAAGCCACUAAAAUAGAUCAUGGACAUAGAUCUCUUGACGAGGCACUGAAAAGUGUUGAAGAAGCUGUGAUAAGACUUGAAAAGUUGCUUGAAGAGUUUCAUGUAUCAAUAAGCUCUAGUUCUGGAAAAGAGCAUUUGAAAGCAGCCUGUUCUGACUUGGAGAAAAUACGAAAACUUUGGAAAGAAGCUGAAUUCCUGGUGGUGUCUUUUAGAGCAAAAGCUGAUUCUCUUCAUGAGGGGGUUAACAGUGGCCGGAACUACACACCAGUUGAAGAAGACGAGUAUGUGAAAGGGAAAAGCAGAAAGAAUGCUAAUGUAAGGGUAGACAGGAACAAAAGAAAUGUUGGAAAAUCGCGGGGAUUUUGGAGCAUCUUUGGAGGUCCUGUCACCAAAAAGCCCGGUUUAGAAUCUGAUCUGGAACCUUAUGAAAAUAAUAUCGAACAGCCUGCACCAAACGUAGGGGUUGUGGACCAAGAAUCCAAUGAAAUCCGCCGCUUUGAGCUUCUGCGAAAUGAGCUUAUAGAACUUGAGAAACGGGUUCAAAGAAGUGCCUAUCAGUCAGAAAAUAAUGAAGAUUUACUAGUUAUUGAUGAUGGUGCUCGUUAUACUGAUGAGGCUGGGGUUAAGUUGGCCAGGGUUGAGAAGAAAGAAAAUAUCCUGGAAAAAUCUAUUGGCAGACUAAAAGAAACAGGAACGGAUGUCUGGCAAGGAACUCAGCUUCUUGCUAUUGAUGUUGCUGCUGCCACGGGUUUAGUUAGAAGGGCACUUAUAGGGGACGAAUUGACUGAGAAGGAGAAGAAAACACUUAAAAGAACCUUGACUGACAUGGCUUCGGUUAUUCCUAUUGGUGUUUUAAUGCUUCUUCCAGUUACUGCCGUGGGGCAUGCUGCAAUGUUGGCUGCUAUUCAGAGAUAUGUACCAGCUCUAAUUCCAACCACUUAUGCACCAGAAAGGUUAGAUCUCUUGAGGCAGCUAGAGAAAGUAAAGCAAAUGGCAGUCGAUGAUAUAAGCUCAGAUGAGGAAGUGGAUGAAGAUAAAUGAUGAGAAGCAAGGCCGAUUUGUGUAUAGCUAGCAAAACUAUUCUUUGUGAUCUGAUGAAAAUCGGACUGCUUUGUUAUCCUCUUUCUGGAAAUUUUUUGUUCAUGCCAAAUUUCUCAGACAGGAGUUGGGCAUAGAGAAGUUCAUUCCACGUGUCUGGCACUCCUGGUAAGCACCAGUGGCUACAAUCCUGUGGGGCAUUAGGUGGAGUGCCUGGUUCCCGAAACUUGGAAGGGUGACCAUCUUUCCUCAACUCUGAAAGAUAUGUGAUGUUCAAAAAUUGGGCUUUCCGGCUCUCAUAUUGCAUCUGUUUGACAACACCAGAUAUAAAUAUGUUAUGAUAUGGUUCUGUUUCAAGUUUUGUAGGGUCAUUUUCUGGCUCUGUUUGUUUGUCA